UCCCUAAAAAAAUAAUCUAGAGAGAGAGAGACGUAUAGAGAGAGAAAGAGAGAAGACUUGUAGUGAGAGGAAUUGGAAAUAGAAAGAGAAAAGUGGGAAGUAGAGAGAGAAAGGGCAUUUUUUAGCUGGGUUCGUGCUGUCCCUGACGUUACUCACCAUCUCAUUUAUCUCCACUUUCCCCCCUCUAAAAACACCCCAAAACGCGAGGACAAUCCUCCCCAUCGGGCUUCAUCCCUCACCAAUCUCCGCCUCCCAAAUGUGCCGCGUCCCUUUCGGCAGGCCAUGCUCACAACCUGAGUAGAUCAGCAAUGCACCGUUCGACUACCACCAUCGUCUUCUUCUUCUUUCUCCUCCUCCUCAGUCCCACCUUCACCGUCUCCACUCUCCCCGUCGAUGAGGAGCUUGAAGUUGCAGAGGACAAAUGCCAGCAUAUACGAGUUAAUCCGUCAUACCAUUUCGAGAACCAGAGGCUAAGGAGGGCCUACAUUGCCCUCCAAGCAUGGAAAAGGGCCAUUUUCUCUGACCCCUUGAAUCUCACCGGCAACUGGGUCGGUCCCCAUGUGUGCAAAUACACAGGAGUUUUCUGCUCCCCGGCUGUUCAUGAUCCUAACUUGACCGUGGUUGCUGGUGUCGAUCUCAACCAUGGGGAUAUUGCUGGCUACCUCCCUUCGGAGCUGGGCCUGCUAUCCGACCUCGGCCUCUUCCAUAUCAACUCCAAUCGCUUCUGUGGUAUGGUUCCCAAGACCUUUGCCAAGAUGAAGCUCCUGUUUGAGUUGGAUAUCAGCAACAAUAGAUUCUCCGGCAGGUUUCCUAAGGUGGUUCUAGAUCUGCCGCAUCUGAAGUACUUGGACAUCAGGUUCAAUGAGUUCGAGGGCAAGGUGCCUAGCAGCCUCUUUGAUAAGCCACUUGACGCCAUUUUCAUCAACAACAACAGGUUCAAGUUCACCAUCCCGUCGAACUUUGGGAAUUCACCGGUUUCCGUCAUCGUCCUUGCUAACAAUGGCUUCCAUGGGUGCCUCCCUCCGAGCAUUACCAAUAUGUCUGGGACCUUGAAUGAGAUCAUAUUGAUGAACAAUGGGCUAAACUCUUGCCUGCCGCCCGAGAUCGGCCUGCUGGGGAACCUGACUGUGCUGGACGUGAGCUUCAAUCGGCUGGUGGGAAGCUUGCCGGGGAGCUUGGGGAAGAUGAAGAAGCUGGAGCAGCUCAAUGUCGCGCACAAUUUGUUCUCUGGAAAGGUGCCAGAGAGCAUUUGUGAUCUGCCGAGGCUGAAGAACUUCACGUUCUCCUACAAUUUCUUCACCGGCGAGGCGCCGAGCUGUUUGUGGCUUCCGGCGUUCGACGACCGGCGGAAUUGUUUGCCAGGGAGGCCCAAACAGAGGCCGCCGAAGCAAUGUAAGUCGUUCCUCCACCAUCCUGUUGACUGCGACUCGUUUAAGUGCGGCCCUGUUCCUCCUGUUCACUCUCCUCCUCCUCCGCCGCCACCACCACCUCCUCCUUCUCAUCCACCACCACCUCCUCCUUCCCAUCCACCACCACCACCACCUCCACCUCCUUCUUCUCAUCCACCACCACCACCACCUCCUUCUUCUCAUCCACCACCGCCACCACCUCCUCCUUCUCAUCCACCACCACCUCCCCCUCCGUCUCAUGGUAGUCCUUCUCCCCCGCCACCGCCACCACCACCUCCUCCUCCACCACCACCAUCUCAGUCACCAACGACACCAUCACCACCAUAUUGUAUCAGAUCACCACCACCACCACCGCCGCCUACUCAUUGUCCACCACCCCCUUCGGCGCAUUCUCGGCCACCUCCUCCACCGGUGCAUUCUCCACCGCCGUCGCCGCCGGUACAUUCUCCAGCGCCGCCAGCUCAUAGUUCGUCACCUCCUCCGCCGGUUCACUCUCUGCCACCUCCACCACCCUGCGUUGAACCACCUCCGUCACUGCCGCCGCCAUCACUCCCACGACCAUCGCUGCCACCACCGUCGGUACCACCACCAUCGCUGCCACCACCGUCGGUACCACCACCAUCGCUGCCACCACCAUCGCUGCCGCCACCGUCAGUUCCACCUCCGUCGCUGCCGCCGCCGUCAGUACCAGCACCAUCGCUGCCACCACCGUCGCUGCCACCUCUAUCUCCAUCGCCGCCACCUCCACCACCCUGCGUAGAACCGCCCCCAUCAACGCCACCUCCACCUCCACCUCCGCCGCCCUGCAUAGAGCCGCCCCCGUCAACGCCACCUCCGCCUCCACCUUCGCAACCUUGCAUAGAACCAUCCCCAUCGCUGCCGCCACCAUCACUACCACCACCGACGCUGUCACCGCCAUCACUCCCUCAACCAUCGCACCCACCGCCGUCGACACCUACACCAUAUCUGCCGCCUCCACCGCCAUCGCUAUCACCUCCACCAUGUGUAGAACCACCACCAUCAGUGGCACCUCCACCCCCACCUCCGCCUCCCUGCGUACAACCACCACCUUCUUUAUCACCCCCUUCAUUACCACCACCAUCUAUACCACCACCGUCACCAACAAGACCAUCUCUACCAUCACCUUCGCUCCAACCACCGUCACUACCACCGCCGUCAACAUCACUGCCUCUGUCGCCGCCACCACAACAUGGAUGUGAGACACCGCCACGGCAGCCAGGAGCUCCGCCUUCUUACAGCAGCCCCCUCCCGCCAGUCAAGGGCUUCUCGUAUAGUUCACCGCCACCGCCUCCUUUCUAUUGAUUCUUUUGGUAUUUUUCUUCAGAAGCACCAAAUUUCUUGUUGCUGCGAAGCUGAAUCCAUGGCUUGUUGUCUGUGAUCCUGAUACGUUGAUCCAGGAUGAGAGAAAGACAAGAAAAAUGCUGUAGGCAACCCAGUUUCCUAGUUUCAUUUGUCCAAUUUGAGUUAUGCCUCUUAAGUCUUAGUUUUACUUCUGUAUAAGAGUUUCUGUAAAAUGUUCAGACAGAGAAACACGAGAGUAAGCGAUGGUGAACAUCAGCGAGUCAUAUUUGUUUAGAAACAUUUGUGAAUAAAACUGGUGAGAGAGAGAGAGAUAUAUUAGUUGCAGGGGAAGGCGUGUGUAUAGAGGAUCAAAUUAUGCGGCAGUGCUGCUGGUAUCUCUCUCGUACUCUCUUCCUGUUUUGGGAUAAUAUCAUGAUUUUACAUAUGGAUUUUGCAGAAAUUGAAGAUUUGUUUUCCCUUUUUUUUA